UGCAUUGAAAGUGAUGGCCCUGUUACUGCGAGUCCACGUCAGUCCAAAACUUAUCAGAAAAAUCCAACUGUCCACUGUUCCAGAAUCUGUGAAGCAGCUUCAAGAUGAACUACAAGCAAAGCUUGAACUUGAAGGUGACUUUGCAAUACAAUAUGAAGACCCAGAUUUUCGGAACGCACUUUGCAACCUGAUGGAUAUUAAUGAGCUACCUGCUGGACGGGCAGUGUUGCACCUCAUUUGGGAGGAAAAUGCAUCAGCCUCGCCACCACAGACUCCAUCUGAUCAUAGCGCCAUCUCAUCUAUUGAUACAGGCAGCGUGAGUUCAGCAUCUUCUUUCAGCCCAUCCUCAUCCACCCAGACCUACAUGUGUAGCACUUCACUGUGGCCAAAUCCAUUUCCUAUCCCAACCUUUUCCUAUGAUGUAGAGUUAAAACUUCGCAAGGGAAAUGAGGUAUAUGAGAAAGCAGGGGCAAAUUUAAGUGUAACAAGAGACAUCAAGAUGGAAAUUCUACACAAGCUGGCACAAGAAAUGUUUGCAAUCAAAGCCUACCCUGACAAGAAUGAAAUAACAUCGGUUGCCCAGGAGCUAGUUUCCAAACAUUCCUGCCUCAAAGAGGCAUCAUGUCACAGGAUAUGA